GGGUGAGGUCGACCGACCUCCGACCCCCGUGACCCGACGGAGCGGGGGGACCGGUUUCGGUGGAUUGUGGCCGAAAGCUGGGUGACGAGAAGGGUCUUGAUCUCCGACUCUCCUGGUUCUUCAGUUCGUGCCACGAACCGAACCUGUGCAGGCCUGGACUAACCAAGUGACCGAACUAAGUUGGGCCUGGCAGAAUCAGGUGGACUAGGUGACCGAUCAUGCUAGGACUGGACACCUUUUUGGUCCACCUGGUCCGUUUUCGAAGUCCAAAACGGACAGAGAAUGCUGCCAGAACGGAUGCAGCAAGGUCAGUAUAUCUUUGACAGACCGAAACGAGCGGCCCCCGGGUUGCGGUUUAAACGAGCCACCGCUCGUUUGAGACAACACCGAGAGGUCUUGUGUGUGAAAGUGGUUGCCCCUUAUUUCUGUACAUGAUCCCUUUUUUUCAUGUCCGGUUUGCACUUGCCUAGGUUAUGGAACACGCGACGCUCUGUUUAAAACCUUUAAAGUCAUGACUCAUGACUGAUGCACUCCUAUACACUCCCUGGGUCACGUCCGCCUGGCCGAUGGGGCUCCGAGAUCGGAGAGCUCCGGAGCUCGGUGUUCUCCGGUUCCGACGUCCAGUUGCGAGUGGGUUUCACUCCACGUCCACGUCACCACCAGUUCCAGUUGCGAGUACUGGAACAUGGGCCACCGGAACGUGGGUCGGAAGAUGUCUUGGCAUCGCGCCGUCGAAGAGUUGUCUUUCGGUCGAAUCUCUGAGACGCCACCGGUCGUAACCGGGGUCGUAGACUUAGACUCCAUAUGAGGCGAGGAAAGACUGGAGGCGCUUGUAGCACUUGUGGCAUGAGGCUUUUCACCCGGACUCGGAGGUUUCCAGUGAUUGGACGUUCUUAAGCAGAAAGCCUGGUUCUCACUGGCGUUGGUGGACAAACGGUUGCCAAUCUCGACUCAGUUCCAAAUCCAACCCAGUUUCUUUCGACGUUUGGGGCGGCGCAUGGACGGAUGAAAUUCCAGACCCAAGAUGACCUCAAGAACUCAGCAGCAGAGACCCCAAACCUUUGACCAGCAGGAGAGACCGCCUAAUCUGCCGCAUCUGCAGCUCCAAGCCGGGCGGCGACCAAGACUUCGCGAACUUCGCCUUCGAUUUUCGAAGCGCCACUUCGAUGGCCGGAGUGGUGUUGCAUGGGUGUCCGUGUCUUGUGACCGUGCUGCUGAGCUUGACCGUUCGCUGUGCUUGGGCUGGCCCUGCAUUCCGAGGAGCCCAAACGGUGCCAGAGCCGGGCUCAGGUGUGGUACCAGCAGUACCUGGAUACAGGUCCUACCGUGGAUACAACUGUUGGCAAGGAUCCUUCGAUGGUUCCGGUGCGAUCAGCCUUCCAUGGCGGGCGGCGGCAGCGGCCUCUGCCGCCGCAGCGUGCGCGGAGCACUGUGCCGCAGCGAAGACCUGCGAGGGCUUCGUGGUGAUGCCGUCGCAGCGGAGGUGCUUGUUGCGCACUUCACGCAGCGACUUCUACCCCUGCGUGACGAACGAGCACUUUGACAGCUAUGUGACCGAGAGGUGGUCCAUGGCCCCCCCUAGCACGGGCGCGAAGGAGGGGGACGAGAGCACAGGGCUGUCAGUGCAUGGCUACAAGCAUUUGAAGCACACUCACUGCGCGGAGGAGAUCGCCUCGGCCAUCGAUCUGGGCCCCACUCGGCCCACUGACUCCUUGCAGCGCUGCGCGGAGCUCUGCAAUGCGGAGCCGAGCUGCAAAGGCUUCGUGCUGGAGCGCGCCGGCCUCGCCGACGGAGCUGAGAGCCUGCGGUGUGGGCUGAAGGCCUCGGUCGUCUUUGGCAAGUGCGAUCAUAGGGCUCAGAGAUAUGGGACCUAUGUGAGGAAUGCCCAGCUGGCGAAGCUCGGAGAUCCCUGUUCGACGGCCUGUAGCAAAGGAAUCGACCUGUGCUGUGAGGCUGAUUUAGUGUGCCAGGGCAGCUAUGGAAGCCCAGGGGUGUGUGCCACUCAGCAAUGACUGCUGGCCAUUCUGCUGAUGAAGGUGUGAGUGGAACACUUCAGGGUGACGUGGGAACCCCAAUGGACAAUGGAUGAAUAUGGAUG